AUGAAGUUUCAGAAUCCAGCCGAGGAGAAUGCUAUGCCUACGUACAGGAUUAUGGAUGCCGAUGGAAAUGUCGUGGAUCAAACGAGAGACGUUGAAUCAAUUCCUGACGCAGAAAUCAUUCAGUGGUACCGAAACAUGCUGACCGUCAGCAUUAUGGAUCUGAUCAUGUUUGAUGCUCAACGGCAGGGUCGGACCAGCUUCUACAUGGUAUCUGCAGGCGAGGAAGGGAUUGCUGUGGGAUCCGCGUCCGCCUUAUCCCUGGAUGAUGUGUGUUUUCUACAAUAUCGGGAGCAAGGUGUUCUGGUGCAACGAGGAUUUACUUUGAAGCAAAUGAUGAGCCAGCUUUUCGCAAAUAGAGACGACUACGGCAAGGGACGCAACAUGCCGGUGCAUUACGGCAGUGGCAAGCUCAAUGUGCACACCAUUUCAAGCCCUCUGGCGACGCAAAUUCCCCAAGCGUCUGGAGCUGCAUACGCCUUGAAGAUGCAACGGUUGAUCAAUCCUAACGUGCCACCCAGGAUCGUGGCCUGCUAUUUCGGCGAAGGGGCCGCAAGUGAGGGAGACUUCCAUGCGGCAUUGAACAUGGCGGCAACAAAGUCGUGUCCAAUUGUGUUCGUAUGUCGCAACAAUGGCUUUGCCAUUUCCACGGCAAGUAUUGAACAGUACAAAGGCGACGGGAUUGCCAGUCGCGGCUUGGGGUAUGGUAUUGAUACCAUCCGAGUAGAUGGAAACGACAUCUUUGCUGUUCGUGCGGUCAUGCAAGAGGCAAAGAGACGAGCUCUGGAGGGAGACUGCAAGCCCAUCCUCGUUGAAGCCAUGAGCUAUCGAGUCAGUCACCAUAGCACCAGCGAUGACAGCUUUGCCUAUCGAGCUAAACGGGAGGUGGAAGAAUGGAAACGAAGAGAUAAUCCUAUUACACGUCUACGGAAGUGGAUGGAGAAGAAAGGAAUCUGGGACGACGACAAGGAGAAGGAAGCCAGAGCAUCCAUCCGAAAAGAAGUUCUCCGAGAGUUCUCUGCCGCCGAGAAGGUCAAGAAGCCGCCUCUGCGGUCUCUCUUCGAAGACGUUUAUGAAGAUAUUACGCCUGAAGCUCGUGCACACAUGAGGCAGUUGAAGGAGCUGAUUGAGAAGUACCCGAACGAGUACGACGUGUCCCAAUUUGAGGGCGGCGUAAAGAGCUUGGAAUGA